UUCUCUCUUUACUCGAGUUUUUGUUUCUUAUAGAACGAGUCCAUAUGUCUCUAUUUGGAUACCAUUAUCAAUUCUAGCCAAAAUACAACAAAAGGCAUCCACAAUGUCACCACCACCCGAAGAUACGAAUGCCCCCAAAAAGCCCUUCUCCCUCUCCCUCUCAAGCACCUCCCAAUCCAAAAAGACCCCCUUCAAUCUCAAACCCUCCUCCCGCGACCCCCAAACACCAAAUCGCGCUCUCCCCCGUCGCCCACAUCACCUCCACCAUGACGACGACUCCGACAACGACGACGAAACCCACCCAGCCGCUGAGGCCGUAACGGGUUUCGAUACGCUUACUGGUGCAGCGAUCGCGGCAGACGGGACCAAGAUUAGCACCGAGAAGGAAAAGCUGGUUAUACCCGUUGCGAGCGGGAAUAGUUGGCGCGAGAAGGCUGGCGUUAAUGUGCGAGCGAAGGGAAAGAAUUUGCUUCCGAAGGAGGUGCAAGCGAUUAGGGAGGCUGAGAAGAGGGGCGAGACGGCUGGAGAUAAUGUUGAGAGGGAGGGACCAAGUAUGGCGUUUGGGAUUAGUUUUGCGCAGCCUGGUCAAGGGGAGAAAGAGACUGGGGAUGGGGAUAAAGAGAUGAACGAUGCGGAUAAGGAGCCGGCGCCUGCUGCUGAGGAGCGGAAACUGCGGACAGAAGAUGAGAUUGCGCUGCAGGCUCUUAUUCGGGAGACUACUGGGGAGGUACAAAGGGGGUCAGAUUUGGUUAUUGAGUCUGCAAAACGCGAUGAGGGUGAAGACAUGGGCCCAGGAUACGAUGAGACGAACUCUUUCCGCGCUGAUGUUGAGGCGCGUCCUGAGCCUGCAACAUUGGACCAAUACAAUGCGAUUCCUGUGGAGGAAUUCGGCGCAGCAUUACUACGGGGUAUGGGCUGGAAAGACGGACAGUCGAUUGGAAGGGGUAACUACGGCUCGACGGCGAAUCCUACCCGUCCGCGUAUCCCGGAACGGCGACCUGGUUUUCUUGGAAUCGGAGCAAAAGAUCCCUCUGGCGGUAAAGGCGCAGAGGUGGAACUGGGCGCUUGGGGCAAAUCGUCAAUGCGCAAGGGUGCUCGAAAUGCCGAGAAAGAGGGUGGAGGGAGUACUGAGGGUGUUUAUAUGCCCAUUAUGAUGCGGAACAAGCAGACGGGCGAAUAUGUCACCGAGGAAGAGCUUAGGGCUCUCCAGAAAGAGGCCAAAUCUCGAAAAGUCGACAAGGAUGAUGAGUGGAAGGAGCGACGGGAUCGCAAUCUGGAAAAGAGCGGACGCGAUAAGGACCGUGACCGUGACUACAAAAGACACGACUACGACAAUGACGACCGAUACGAAAGGCGGAAGGGAUCUUCGCGACGAGAUAGAGAUAGAAGCUCUUCUGGCGAUCGCUAUUCAAAACGUGAUCGGAGAGACAAAGAUGAUCGGUACUAUCGGGACCGUGAUAGCACAAAAGAUCGCGAGAGGGAGAGGCGUCAUCGGUAUCGCGAUGAUGAUCGGUACAGUUCUAGGCAUUCUUCCUCCAGGCGUGAUCGGGAUCGGGACCGCGACAGUGACCGUGAUUCGCACAGGAGGAGACGUGAUGAUCGAUAGAGUGGCCUUUGGGGUACUUACAGACGAGGAUGGAAUUUAUCCGACACAAUUUCAGCAUUUCAGAAUUUCCCUGUAUUAUAUUUAUGCUUUAGAUUGUCUAUAUACAAUUGAUACCCUUGCUGGCAUGUCGAUUGAGCCACGCUACUAUCCUUGUAUGGAAAAAUUCGACCGUUCCAUAACAAUGUGCUCGAUUUCACAUACAGUAGACUCAAAAAUUGUCUAUAAUUGCUUUUAUAUGUUCCCAAUCCAAUAUCAUAAACAAUGCAAACAAAUACUCCACAAAUGCGCCAUAGAUAUCACACCGUCAUUUUAUGCCCCAAGCAUAAGCACAUCUUUCUCCUCCCCAUUAAUCCCAGACCCAGGCUCCCCAAGUCCACCCAACCCAACACCCCCAUCCAUCUCGCCCAGAACCCAUUCCACCAAGUAACUAUCAUCCGCCAACUCUUCAACCCGGCGAUAAUGCCGUUCCGUGUAUGCAGCCAACGCCUGCAGGAU